GAGAGCGAGCGACAGACGGGGAGAGAGACAGACGAAGAGAGCGCACACACACACACACACACACACUCUGAGAGAGCUCGAGCUCAGUCUGAGGGACGCGUCGUCGUGUCCGGUUGCUCCGUGUCUCAGCACGCGACAAACAAAACGGAUUCAAAAAGUUAAUCGAUUGUAAAUUUGAUUAAAUUUCAGAUUAAAGGUUAGAGAUUUGUAUAUUUCUGCACGAGCUCCGGGACUUCGGGAUUGCAGCUCGGUUAGUGCUCGGUGGAGAUGGACACGCGGAGCGGCGCCGCGGGGGGAGGCGAGCCGGGAGAGUAGAGAGAGAGAGAGAGAGAGAGAGAGAGAGAGAGAGAGAGAGAGAGAGAGAGAGAGAAUCUGCAGAGGAGACAGAAACGGAUCUGUUCGGAAAUGAAAGUGGGUAUUUGGUGAUAUUUUGGAGUUUUGGUGAAGCCGCGAGCACUUUUGAGUUUUUUUGUUUUGUUUUUGUUUGUUUUUGUGGAAGCGCGAGGAGCAAAAACAGCAUUUACGCACCGGGAGCGUGAACAGCGCGAGACCUUUUAAUCCUCUGGGAAUCCGUUCGGAAAAAAAAAAAAACACCAACAACAAAACACCGAGAGAACCGCCGCGUCUCCGCCAGGAACCGGAACGAGUUCAUGGAUUAACCGGGGAACGGGAAGCGGUGUGCGGCUGGGACUGACCGGGGGAGCGGAGCACCGGAGACACACACUCACACACACACACAUACACGCACACGCACACACACACACACACACACACACACAGCGGGAUUUUCUUCUUCUCAGUUGUUGUAAAUGAUUUUCAUUUCACUGAAGACCCGGGAAUGAACUCCAUCAUCUUCUCCAGAAGGCUCUGCACCACAGCUGAGAAUCUUCAGGACACUUUGAUGUUUUUAAUUCCGCGCCUCGGAUCUGAGCAGAUUCAUGAUUAGGUUUUAAAAAGGGGAUUUUGUUGUUGUUGUUGUUGUUGUUGUUGUUUUUCACUGGCGGUUAAUUUGUUUUGAAGUAAAAGAAUAAAUAAAUGAUGGAGGCGGUGACGCGGCCGAUUUUUCAGCCUCAUCCGGGACUGCAACAAACUCUGAAACAGUUCCACCUCAGCUCCAUGAGCUCUCUCGGUGGUCCCGCGGCUUUCUCCGCGCGCUGGCAGCACGAGGUUUUCGGUAAGGACGGAGAGGAGCUGGAGCGCGCGGCGGCGGCGUCAGUGGCGGCGGCUGCGGCUGCCGCGGCUGCGCACGUGCCCCCGCCGAGGCCGCCCCCGGUGCUUCCGGUGCCGCUGUUCAUGGCGAGUGACCGGAGCACGGAGCGCUGCGAGACCCUGCUGGAGGGAGAGAGCAUCUCGUGCUUCGUGGUCGGCGGUGAGAAGCGGCUGUGUCUCCCGCAGAUCCUCAACACGGUGCUGCGCGACUUCUCCCUGCAGCAGAUCAACGCCGUGUGCGACGAGCUGCACAUCUACUGCUCGCGCUGCACCGCCGAGCAGCUCGAGAUCCUCAAGGUCGUCGGGAUCCUACCGUUCUCCGCGCCGUCCUGCGGCCUCAUCACCAAAACGGACGCCGAGCGCCUGUGCAACGCGCUGGUGAGGGCGGGUACGCGCUCCCGGGGCGCCAAGGAGCUCGAGGUGAAGGGCUUCAAGGUGUACCACGAGUGCUUCGGGAAGUGUUCGGGGAUCUUCGUGCCGGAGCUCUACACGAGUCCCGGAGCCGAGUGUAUUCAGUGCGCGGAGUGCGGGGUCAUGCAUGCGCCGCACAAGUUCGUCGUGCACGGGCACAAGUCUCUGGAGAACCGGACUUGCCACUGGGGCUUCGACUCAGCCAACUGGAGAGCCUACGUUCUCCUGAGUCCCGAGUACGCAGAGAAGGAGGAGAAUGCCAAGCUGGAGGCGCUCCUGCACGAGCUCAAAGAGAGGUUCGACUUCGUCAGCAAGUACAAGAGGAGAUCUUCAGGGGUCCUGGAUUCGGUUCCCAUUAAAAAGUCGAAGCAUGAUGAUUUCUCUCACUCGCCCACGGCAGAUAAAGACAAGAAACCUGACUGGCUGCGCUCCCUCUCUUCCUCGGCCAAUAAGGGUUUUAACUGUGCUCAGCUGCGACAGAGAGUGUCUGCGUUCAGGCCCUGGUCCCCGAACAUCACCGAAAAGGACGGAGCCACAAAAGCAGCUAGCAUGCCGCGGGACAGUCUUUAUAACUAUAAGUCUCUGGAGAACGCAGUGGCCCCAAACGUGGCUCUCCCUCCGCUGCAGAAGGGGGCGCCGGCGUCUCUGUCCCUCCUGAGCAGCGCGGGCCGCAGUGACGAGCGCACCGAGGGACACGGAAAGAGCCGGAAGAGGAGGAUAACAGGCGAAGGUCACACAGGACACGCCCCCUCCGGUCACGCCCAACAAAGCCACGCCCUCUCUCGAGCACCUCCACCAAUGACGGAGGGGCGCGACUCGGACGUGGAGGUCGAGGUUCGAGAUGAAGUGACCUCCUCGCUCUCGUCUCUCUCGUCUCCCUCGUUCACCUCCUCCGGCUCCGCUAAGGAACUCAGCUCUCCAGGAGUUGCAGGGGUCACGGGGGUCACCGAGGUCACCUCGCUGUCGGGGUCCGGGGUGGAGAGCCAGGUGGGUGGAGUUUCUGUGGACUCUGAGCUGGAGACCCUGAGGCAGGCGCUGGAGGGAGGGAUGGAGUCUCGCGAGUCGAAGGAGAAGUUCCUGCACGAGAUCCUGAAGAUGAGGGUGAAGCAGGAGGAGAAGCUGGGAUCGGCUCUGCAGGCCAAACGCAGCCUUCAGCAGGAGCUGGAGUUCCUACGUGUGGUGAAGAAGGAGAAGCUGCGUGAAGCGAGUGAAUCUAAGCGCGCUCUGCGUAAGGAGAUGGAGAGGCUGCGAGCGGAGAACGAGAGGAAGAUGAAGGAAGCGAACGAGACUCGAACCCGACUCAGCCGGGAGCUGGAGGAGGCCAAGCAGCUGCGCAGGUGUGAUAAAGGCUGUGAGGCCGGACGCAUGCGCGCUAAGUACUCCGCUCAGAUCGAGGAGCUGCAGAUGAAGCUCCAGCUGGCCGAGGCGGAUCGUGAGCAGCUCCGCUCUGAGCUCCAGCAGGAACGUGAAGCUCGUCAGCACCUCGAGAGGGUCGUGAAAGAUCUACAGGAUCAGCUGUGGCCCAAACCCGAGGAGGAACCACAUCCAUCUGCUUCAAACGCUAAAGAGUCCAGCAAUUAACACACACUCUGACCUUACACACACACACACACACACACACACACACACACUUACAGACACAGUGAUCACGAUGAGGACGAGAGGAGAGAGAGGGAGAGAGAGAGAAACUCUGUGGAGUGACUAAAGACAUUGAAAUGAAAGAAAAGAAAAAGGCGAAUGUGUAGAAGUGGAAGAAGACAUUAAAGCAGGAAUUCAGGAAGAGUGUGUUCCACUUGUGAGCACUGACUCGCGCCCGUCUCCUCACAAACACACUGCACUGGUCCUGGUUCGGAUUCAGAUGAACGCAGGCUCCGGAACGUUCCACGGUUUCACGGCGGUUUACAGCGAGCUCCGCGGUGUGUUUGUGAAUUUUCCAGAACUUUCCCACUUCCCGGUUUCUCCGCGUGUUUACAGUAAACUGUCCUCCUGCAGUUACGCUGGGAUCCGUUCCUCUCUGUGGAACUUUAUACCAUAUUAUAUUAAAUAUAAACCUCACGCUCCAUAUAAAUAUCACACACAUCACACACACGUACUCUUGUGCAGACUUAAAAAAAACAACAGAGACUUUUAUACAAAUUUAAAAUGGAUUCUGUACAUGAGGGAGAAACUUCGGGGGAUUUCAGAGAGGAAUAAUUCUCCUCUCUUCGUUAACGUUAAGAAAGUGUGUGUUUUUACACUCUCCUCUUUUUAUAACAGACUAUUUAUCAGACCAGUUACCAUACAAAACAUUUCUUUUUUUUUUGAAGAUUUUUUCAAAGAAAUUGUAUCUGUGUCGCUUGCUAUCAUUGCUAUUAAAUCAUUUUGUAUAAAAACACACACACACACACACACACACACGAGUAUUCUGGUCAAAACCUCGUAAGUGUAUCUUAGAAAGAUACUUCAGUGUGUGUGUGUGUGUGUGUGUGUGUGUCAUGCUAACAGCUUCAUUGUGCAUAUCCACCGUUGCAUUGCUAACAGUUAGCAUCAUGCUAAAUCAUGGCGGCCAUGUUUUUUUUUGUAGAGCUGUUUUUAAAAAAAGCGACAGAAUGUUCUUCUUAAGUAAAUUAUAUGUAAAUAUGAAUGUUUUUUUCUUUUCUUUAAAAAAAAUUACAAUAAUGAAUCGCACUUUGUCAUAACAAGAUCCUGCGUAAAAAAAUAAAUAAAUGCAUUAGCCUCUCUGUACCUUUAUUUCAGAGUUUAGCCUCCAGGAGUAUAGAAAAUAAAAAAAAAUAAAAAAGAAAUAAUAAUAAUGAUGAUAAUAAUAAUAAUAAUAAUAAUAAUAAUAAUAAAAAGCAUUAUGUUGAUUAUAUGCAACACAGUUACAUGCAAUGUAAUCCUCUGUUUAAGGCAGAAAUAUUGUAAAUAAACAUUUGAGAACAAAAAAAGAGGGUCUUUAUGCUCUGCUUUGCUGAAAUUCUUCUCUAAACAAACUCAACUUAAAAUCCUUUUUUAUUUUAUUUUUUUUAUUUCUAUAGUCAGUCCAGGAGUGUGAGAGCUGUUUAUUCUUUUCUUAUUUUAUCAGCUAUUAAACUCAAAUAAUCAACAAUAAACAAUUAAAGCUAGCAUCACUUCUGUUAUCUUUAUUCAGUAAGCUAGCAUCACGCUACUAACAAUCUCGCUAGCUUAGCUAAGUAUUAAACAUAGCGAUAUAUAUUCCCUCACUCACUUUCCAUAACUGCUUCUAUAGUUAAAUAUUUCAGUGGCUAAAUGUAGAUAGCUACAUUACUUGGAGUUGGACUUGCAGCUGCUGUCACGUUAUAAACUGAAAUAAAUAAACGAUCUGAAAGGCUGCAGGAGCGAGAUGUAACCCGGACUUCACUGUAGUUUACGAUAUUAGCAUGAUGUUGCGUUUUAAAGGAUUAUGCAAAAGAUUAUGUAUUUUCAGACGUUUUAUCCACUAGCGGGUGAAGAUACGAACAGAAAAGCAGCGUGUUAUCGUUCAUACAUCAGCGGUUACGCUAGUUUGUGGUAAAUUAACAACAGCAACAUUUCAUUAAAGCUAACCUUAUGCUAAUUAGUAACUCUGUUGUGUUACAUUUCACCAAUCGGGCUUCACUAAACAUACUAAGCAUUCUUUCUCAUUCCUGCUUCUAAAGCUAGCUGUGUAGCUUGCUAGCGCGUUUGAGCGAGAUGAGUAGCGCUAAUACGUUAUCUCAGCCAAUCAGAGCUCAGAUUCCCUGUUGAUGUUAGCGCACAGUGACGGAGGCGUUUGUGUGUUUGCUAGCUGAUAAAAUAAAAACAUUUCUCAGACUCUCGGAGCCGAACCGUGCGAGUGUGAGCUACGUUUGCACUCGCACUCUGAGCCGUUAUUGCUGUUAUUGAUGUAUUUUGAGAAUUAAAAAAAAAUAUUUUCAAUAAAUAAUGUUUUUUUCUUCUGCAUGACAUUUUAAAGAAUGAAAAAUAAUCUGCUGUUUGUGUAAUAAUCAUUAUCGGGCAUUAAUAAUGUUUAUACUACAGGAUAUUGUGUUCAUUACAUUUAUACAGAAAAUAUUCAUUAAAAGGAAAAAAAACUACACACACACACAAUAUUUAUAGGCCAAAUGCUAAAAGCUACACAUGAUGCUGGUGUGUGUUGUGAAUUUUUGCCGCAUGAAUUUUUUGUACAUGAUUUUAUCCAAAUUAAAUUCACACAGAUGUUCAUUUUGCCGUAAAUAAAUAAAUAAAAUAAUAAAUAAAGACUCCUAGCAAAAAUCACGAUUCAAUUUUAAAUGUCUUUUUUAACAUUUUCAAAAUAUUUCCUUUCUAAGAAUUUACGUAAUAUAUAAUACUACAGAGAUCUCCACAUUUAUAAACUGAAUAAUUAAAGCCUGGUGUUAUUGUUUUUGCAGUUUGAACAGAAAACACGGCUAUUUUGUAGUUUUUCACUCUAAAACUUUAACUUUUACGUGUUUUUUUUCUUUUAUAUAUUAAAAAAAUUGAAAAAUUUUGCUAAGAAUUUGGUAAAAUUGUUUCUAAAGGAGAGCCAUUCUUUUUGCUAAUAACAGCAAUAACAGGACAUGCGUUAGAUACACAAAUUGUAAAUAUUUUUUUAAAAAGAUAGAUUUUACAAUGUUGUAUUAUAAAUAUAUCUUGUUUGUUUUGUUUUUUUAAAGAAAAUAUUCAAUAGUUUUAUUGCUACUUUACAAGCUUAGUUUAUUUUGUGCGUUUUUUUGCCUUUAUUUUGAAUUUCAGUACUUUUUUUAUUCAUGUGUAAUACAGUGUGUAUCCGUGCAUUUUAAUUUCAUGAUCAUCAGUAUUUCAUUUGUUCUUUUGCUCCUCCGUAACAAGGCGCGUGCACAGUCACGUGGUCAUGAUGUACGACAUUAUUACGAUAUUAUUACGAUACAGAAUCUGUCCAAAACAAGAAGAUUUAUGAAACUGGAAUGUGAUGCUGAUGGUAAUAGUAAUAAUAAUAAUAAUAAUAAUAAUAUGUUCUGUGUGGUGAAAUAUGGUAAUAAUGUGGUGUACGUGAUUGUGAGCGCGUGCCGGACCCUGACAGGAAGUUCAUUUGUCGCAUCUCAGCCCUUCACUGCUGCUAUAACGAAAUGUUAUAAACGUUACAGUUUUACAGCCUAUUUUUAUGUACGAGAUUAAAAUACCGCUUUGUUUAUUAAUGCCGCAGAUAUAAAAACAAAAUCUUUCCCUCUUUAUUUCUUCUUUUUCUGCAUAUAGACUGUAAGAUAAAGGACUUUAUGAGACUGCGCUUUAAACCGCAUUGAGAACCUGUACAGUGUAUAGAUGCAUUAAUCAGAAAUAAAACUGUUUGUCUUAAA